AUGUUGUCUAAGUUACCAUCCGAGAUUUUACUGCUCAUCGGCGAAUGGCUUGACCUCGUCGAACCCCGUAGUGUGCUUGACUUGGCGUAUGCCAGCAAGCACUGCUAUUCUAUCGUUGCUGUCAUCUCCUAUCGGACCCUGGCAUUCUCAACCGAUCUUACAAGGCUUCAAGAGGAUGUUGAGGGAUAUUACAAGCUACUCAAACGCGUGAAUGGUCACGGACGUGUCUCUCGUCUCGUCAUCAGCAAUCGGCUACCACACCAGGCUCAACAGCGGGAAGAAUGGCAUCGACUCAAGAUGUCCAGCGCGGAAUACAAUGGUAGUGAUCUGGACAUUUUUAAAGAGCAAGAGAGAAUUUAUGCAAAGCAGCCCGUCAGAGAUUCGGCCAGCCUCGAUAUGCUCUAUAAAGAAGAUCAUCUCUGGAAACCUUUGGCUACAUUCAUCGAGCAUCUACCAGCCCUGACCUCGGUCUUCUAUAAUAAUUGGAACCAAUUCCCACCUAGCCUUUUCGAAAGCAUUAAUAACUACACACCUGGAUGCGCGUUAUAUUUGACUAACUUUUUCUUGUCGAGUCUGGGCGCGGAUGGUACAGAUGAUUACGAGUUUCGUUUAUCGACCUCGCCAUGCCUUCGUGGCAUUAUUAGCCAAUAUGAGGACACAAAUGGAUAUGACUCAUAUGGAAGAAUUACAUAUCAUACCCAAGCGCUACAGUCUCUCAUCCAUGGUCUCACCCCAAAUUUAAAGGAGUUUUAUGUAUAUCAUCGACCUCAUAGGAUCAACGAGGAAGAACCUUUACAGCCACGCGAUGAUUGGAAUUACUUUAGAAUGAAUUGCCACGGAAAUAGUACACAGAGUCACUCUGGCGGUUCAUUAGAAAAUUUCGGCCUCUCUUAUUACGGGCUGUACCCAGAGGAAUUUGAGUGGUGGAUCGAAUCCGUAAACCUUUCAAAAUUGAAGGCUCUUCGUCUAUCAGAGCUCACAUUGGAAGUGAAUUCCAUGCAAUAUCUGGCUUCGUGCCGAUUUCCGUCUCUCCAAGAACUUGACAUCAACUUGUUCAUCAACACAAGCCGCCAAGCCAUGGACGAUUUUAAAUCUGCUGCUAAUCACUUCUUACUGAACCUGCCUCCUCUGACCCAUCUUCAUUUAUUAAGAUGGGACCCUAAAGUAUGCGCUGGUUUGAUAUCAGAGAAAUUCGGUUCGCGGCUACGCCGACUCUCGAUAACACCGGCCUUCAAUAUAAGCAUACCUUUACAAGAUAUACAAAGCCUUGCAGAAGUUUGUCAAUUGGUGGAAGAACUCACAAUUGAAAUCAGUCGCACUAGAGGCGACAGCCAAGAAGUCGCACAUUAUCGAUUGCUUGGCUCUUUUCCAAGAUUACGACGUCUAUUUCUCUCUCUCUCACCCUCGGGUCAUGUUCUUACCAGAGGUACCCGGCACGAUGCUGGAGCCGCUCACGAGGAUCAUCAUAAUAACGUAUUUGAACCACGAAACGACCCAACUUUCAAUGAGUUUGAUCAGCAGCACGUGGAAACAACGUAUGGCAACGGCUGUCUCAUACCCAGAAACGGCCAUAUCAGAGACGCCAUGAUCAACAGUGCUUUGGAUGGACAACUCGCCAGCGAUAUCUUUACCGCCAUAAACCCCAGGGAUGGGCCACUCGAAUUUAUGCAAGUUCAAAUCUCCAUGGGUAUGGAAAUCUGCCGUAGGGUUGGUGGGGUUGAUCUUAUCACUAUUCUACACCGAAUAAGCCCCCAAUGUACCGUGACGCGGAUUUGUGGCGAUGAGCUAAAUCUUAAAGUUCUAGUCGAUUCAGGGGAUAGAGAACCACCCCCACUGCACCCCGAUCUGCAGCCGUGGCUGAUGCCUAUCUUCAACCGAGUCUGGCCUGCAAAGAUUGGGAAUUGGUACGAGGAUUGGCACAGUUUCCCGCUCGCAACGUCGCCUGAUAAGGAAAUAGACUGGAAGUCCGGAUAG